AUGGACGAGCCCACGCCCGACCACUACAAGGCCCUGGGCCUCGACAACACCGCCGACGCCUCGACCAUCAAGGCUACCUACCGCAAACUCGUCCUCAAGUGCCACCCGGACAAGGUAACCGACCCUGCCCUCAAGGAGCAGAAGCAGGAGGAGUUCCACAACAUCCAGCAGGCCUACGAGUGCCUCAUCGACCAAGAAAAGAGGUCCAAGUACGACGCACUAGUCAAGCUCGAGAAGCUGCGCAGCGAGCGAGCUGCCGCCAGAGGAGCCGCCCCGCGCGACAGGACUGCACGCUUCGAUGUCCCCACACCAGGCGGUGCGUCCUUCGCUGCAAGCGGUCCUACCCGCUACACCACCGAACACCGUGCGCCAACCAACGCACGCGACGAAGACGAGCGUUACUAUGCACGGUACCACACCACCCCGUCCAAACCAACCGCAGCUUCGAGAUCCACUCGCGAGAAGGAGUCAUCCAAGAGCUCCCGACACGCCAAGGAAGAUAGAUCGCGAUCGGACCGCGAGAAAACGCGUGCCAAAGAAUCUCGAAGCGACCGCAAAUUCACCAGUGUUGACAGUGAGUCAUCGUCGGACGAGAAGGCGCGCUACGAGGCAGCCUACAAGACCCGUACCGAGGAGGAGGCUGCUCGGCGCAGGGCAGAAGAACGUCGGACCUACGAAGACAACCGAUAUGCUGGCGCCGCCCAAGCUGUCCCUGCUGCACGCAAGAUGAGCGUCCAGGAGCAGGAGGCGCUUCGCUACCAGCACAAGUCACGCGCCCAGGUCGAAGAGGAGAUGUCUUCCCGUCCCUCACCAGCUAGGGCCUCUUCGCGUGACUACUUCAACGCUGAACCCCGCCUUCAACGACGAGACAGCGCCCGACCCGAGCCUGUCCGCAGGUCGUCGGCCCGGCCAGGCAAGGAAAGGCCGUCCAUGACCCGCCGCGACACCGAUCGCACUGAUCGCGGUAUCCCCGAGGUUGUCGAGUGGGCCGAUGACAGAUAUGAGGAAAGACGAGUUCCCAGUUUCAAGCAGACGACCUCAUCGCCGGCUGACCUUGCACGCGGAAUGCCUCAGCGUUCGUACACUGAUCGGUCAACACGACAUGCCGAGAACACGCCACCGUCGUUAAGUCGGUCAUCCACUAUGCCCAACAGCAUCCCACACGUCUCCUCGUCCUCACGGAGGAAGGAAUCCGUCACUCCUCGCGGACCUUCUAAUCUUCGCGAGACCAUGACGUCAGAACAAUACAGCAGUCCCGAGAAAUACGCGAGUCCUGAGAGAGAUGCCUUCCCUACUGUCCCACCUUCAUCAACCGUCAAGACAUACUACUACCCCAUUGCUGGAGGUGGCGUUUCUGCAGAAGCGCCCUCUUCCACUCCUCGCCACGUCGUCCGCGAACCCACUAGCCGCCAACACCGUUCAAAGUCGCCGAUUGGUAAGCCCCCGAUUGGUGCCAACCGUCCAACAGAGCCUGUUGCAUACAAGACCGUCCCGCGGCCAACUAUGCCAGGCCGCACCGACUCCAGUCGCACUGAUGCCAGUCGCACCCUUUCGCCAAGUCGUGAAGACCGCGGACGCUCAGGACGACCCAAGCUCUAUGGUGAAAUUAGCGGCGAAUCCCAACCCCGACACAGGGUACGCCAGUCGAGCAUUGAACCCGAAAAUGUUCAGUACAGUCGUAGGUACGGUCCUGAAGAUGUCAGAUGGGCACCGAGAUCUUCUGCCGACCCUGAUAGGGGCUAUGCUAGCAAACCACAUCUUAGCAGGACUGCUACAUAUGUUUACUAG